AUGCCAAACUUACAAGCAGGUUUUCAACGGAUCAACUUUGUAAAGGCUGGAACAGAAGUAUUGGAAUCACUCUCUGAAAAGAAGAAUAUCGAUCUAGAUGGGAAUGAAGUCCGCUCGUUUUACGAAAGCGUAACUAGUUGUAGUACGACAAGUACGUAAGUUUUAUCAGUUUAUUUUAUUUCAAGUUUAGAAAAAUGACUCAAAUAUAGACAAACACAUGGUCUUCAAUGUCAAAGUUUAUAUUUUUAGAAGUCCCACACCAGAAAGCUGUUAAGUCAACACAUAAUGUGGGUAUUAAGCAGACUGUGAUAAGUAAAUCUGCUGAUAACAACGGAUUAUCGGUCAGCGACCGUGAUGUUCGGUUAUUUCUAAAGGCAGUUAAUGACAAUGACCUUAUUAAAGCUCAAGAGUACUUGGACAAAGGAGUCGAUGUGAACAGUAAAGAUAGUUUUAAUUGGACAGCUUUAAUGAUAGCAGCAGCAGAAGGGCAUAAAGAGAUGGUGAAGAUGUUGAUAGAGAACGGAGCUGAUGACGAAUAUUCAAAUGGAAAGUUUGAUGCUGUAAAAUUAGCCAGAGAAAAGGGACACAGAAAAUUGGCCAAUUGGAUUAUCGGUUUCAGGUAUGUUCAAACGGAAUACAUAAUACGGUAAAAUAAGAUAUAAAGUUGAUUACUCGCUUUAAACUUCAACUUCAAAAUUUUAAUUAUUACCUAAAAUAUAUAAAAUACUAGAAUUUAUGUUAUAGAAUUGACAUGUUAUAUAUGAGACAUAAAUGACAUCAUGAUCUUUAAGAAACACGUUAUCAUUAAUUUGAUUGCUCACCUGGUGUUAUGGUCUGAUUUCUUUUAUUUUGAGGAAAUUAAGAAAGUUUUGCAAAAUUAUUUUUUUGUUUUGGAAAUGCGAAGCUAUAAAUAAUUAAUAUUCUUUAAAAAAAUAUUUUUUAGGGAUCAUCUCGACGAGCCAUGUUCAUCCACUUCUAAUCGAGAGUUAUAUUGUGAAUUGUGUGGUCUAACUUAUACUGACUCCAACCAUGCCAAUUCCAUUGUUCAUAUUGUAAAUUUGGAGCAAAAACCAGACAGAGUGUUUGCAUAUGACAUUCCGAUGAGUAACAUUGGCUUCAGAAUCCUCAAGAGGAAAGGGUGGACAGAAGAAUCAGGACUAGGAAAGGAUGGUGAAGGUCGGCAGUAUCCUAUUAGGACUAUGUUGAAAAGAGAUCGGAAAGGGUUGGGAGUGGAGAGACUGCCCAUGAAGGUAACACACUUCGGGAAACAUGAUUUGGCGUCAGUUAAGACUGUGGAGAAGAAGAAGAUGGGACACGCCAAGGAGAUGAGGAAGAAGAUGGAGGAGAAGAAGAAGAGGGAAGAAGCCAUAAGGAGAAUGCUCAAUUCUGACUAA